UGUGGUGCGCGAUUCACGGCAAGCCGCUCGCUCUCUUGCACACUCACUUCCAACGCUUGCAAGUGUACAGACGUGUUGUUCGUGGUUGCACCCUCGUUUGACCGUUUUUCCAGUUGAAAGCAGCAAAAAGGAUAUUCUGACUCCCGGAGCAAAAGGGAAAAGAACCUUUCACCAGCGAAAACUUAGCAGAAAGCAAUUUGUUCGCGCGUCCUUCAACCAGAGUGUGCAGAGUCAAUAAGUACAGUAAGUAGGUAGGUAAAGAUAAAGUAUGCGUUUGCGGCUGCCAAAUGAAACGAAAUAGAAUACAGAAAAAGACGGAACAGAAGAUGCAACACAAACACAAAUGCAAAAGCACGACAUAGAAAGAGCGAGUAAGACACGAUUGUACCUGCCUGCUGUCGUCCUGCUUCCCAGCAAAAGUGGAAAGUUUAGUACUCAUUCUUCAAGCGUAAGAUUUGGAACAUAAAACCAAACCAAACAAAACUCAAAGUAGUGUGCAGUAAAUUGAGAAAAAAAAACAAAGGCGAAAGUAAUAUAACAAACCAGCGCCGUAAAAGUAGUGUAUGUUCGUGUGUGUGUGUAUGUGUGUGUUUGUGUGCUAUCAUUAUUAGCGUGUGUGAAACGCGAAGCGCGCAAGCAAAAGCCGUAUCAAUGUAUCUAAACUAAAAACAGCAGUUGCGAGAUCAGCAUUAAACACAUUCUUCAGCAAAACCGUAGAACGUAUUCUCUAUUUCUCUCUCUCUCUAACUAGAGUAUCUAUUAGUAGUGUUACUACCAUUUCUACUACUAUAGUGGCAGUUUGUAGAGAAAAAAAAACACACAUACAGAACAAAAGGUGGAGUAUCUCUCCCCAAAGUGUAUAUUGAAGCUUGGUGGCCGCGUAGAUUGAUCAGCACGAUCAGCACGAUCUCCCAGCAGCAGCAGCAGCAGGAGCAGGAGCAAGCGGUAACUGGAUCAGCGAACGGAAAGAUGCUGUUUGAAACGACUAUAUCGCCCGCAAAAAUGUAUCAGUACAAUGUGCCUCCACCGAUGCAGGGCCCGACGGCCGUUCCCGUACCGAACAUAAGAUUGCACGCCGCCACUUAUGGUGCCGGCACACUCGAUCCGAAUGGAAUUCUGGACACACACGAUCUACACACUACGCUGGUGCCCCUUAAGCCGGCACUGCUCGCAUCCCAGGCAGCCGUCGUAGCCGCGACCCAACAGCAACAGAUGAAGAGAGAGCAGUCGCAAACGUCACAGCAGCAGGCCCAGGUACUGUCACCGCAGCAGCAGCAGCAGCCCCAGCCGACCGCCGCCCAACAGCAGCAGCAGCUCCAGGCCCAGCUCCAGCAGCAACAGGUGCAGGCCCAGGUCCAGCAGCAGCAACAGCAGCAGGCGGCCCAGCAGCAGGCCCAGCAGCAGCAAGCGCAGGCCCAGCAGCAGGCCCAGCAGCAGGCACAGCAGCAGCAGCAGGUGGUGGCACAGCAACAGCAGCAGGUUAACGGAGCGAGCGUUAACGGUUGCGCCAAGACGGGCGGCAACGCCAGCAACGGCAGCUCGUCCGGCCGCUCCACACCGAACAAUGGUAGCGAUCCGGCACCGGGCAAGCUGUUUGUCGGCGGGCUGAGCUGGCAGACGUCGUCGGAGAAGCUGAGCGAGUACUUCGGCAUGUUCGGCACGGUUACGGACGUGCUGAUCAUGAAGGAUCCCGUCACCCAGCGAAGCCGCGGUUUCGGGUUCAUCACAUUCCAGGAGCCGAACAGCGUGGACAAGGUGCUGCAGGUGCCGAUACACACGCUCGACGGCAAGAAGAUCGAUCCGAAGCACGCAACGCCGAAGAACCGCCCCAAGACGCAGUCGAACAAGACGAAGAAAAUCUUCGUCGGCGGCGUCAGCCAGGACACGUCGGCCGAGGAGGUGAAGGCGUACUUCAGCCAGUUCGGCAAGGUGGAGGAGACGGUGAUGCUGAUGGACCAGCAGACGAAGCGCCACCGCGGGUUCGGCUUCGUCACGUUCGAGAACGAGGACGUGGUCGACCGGGUGUGCGAGAUUCACUUCCACACGAUCAAGAACAAGAAGGUGGAGUGCAAGAAGGCGCAGCCGAAGGAGGCGGUCGCACCGACCGCCCAGCAGCUGCUCCAGAAGCGCAUCAUCCUGGGCAAUCUGGGCGUGCCGAUGGGUGCGGGCGCUCCGAGCUCGGCCGCCGCCGCUGCCCGGCUGGUCGGGGCGGCCCAGGCCGGUGGCAAUCCGGGGCUGGUCAAUCCGCUCGCCGCCAACCCGCUGAUGGUGCAGGCGCAGGCGGCCCAGGCGGCUCAGGCGGCCCAGGCGGCCCAGGCUGCCGCGAUGCAGCUGCAGAACGGGUUCGGCAAAGUCUUCACUACAUAUCCUCCGACACUGCAUAGCUUUAGAUACUCGCCAUACAGCAUUCCAUCGGCUGCCGCUGCCGCCGCUAAUGCAGCCGCCGGCGUGAAUCCGCUGACGAGCGUGUCCGCCAACCAGGCCGCCCAGGGCCAGCCGCAGCAGGUACCGCACCCGACGUCCGUCGCCGGCGCCACGGUGGCGACGCAGGGCGCCCCACAGCAGACGAGCCAGCAGGCCGCGGCCGCCGCCCAGAUGGCAGCCGCCGGUCUGACGAACCCGUACCAGGGCUACAGCCUGGCCAAUGUAGACAUGUCGAGCUUCCAGGGCGUCGACUGGGGCUCGCUGUACGGCAUGGGAAUAUUGUACCCUGAGAGCCACUGUUGAGAGCUCCGCCGUCUUCACCGCCAUCGUCUGUUUGCCAUAGUAGGAGGUGGUGGCAGCAGUAAGCGAAUGCAACGCACCCCCCACCAUUGCAUUGCAUUCAUCUUCCGGUUGGUCGGUUGAUCGGAGUUACAGCCGAUGAUGCUGGCCGCCAACCCGUAAAUGGGGUGCAUAAGUAGUGCAGAAGACAAGAUCAACUGUACUCAUCAUCAUCAUCAUCAUCAUGAUUCAUCAUCAUGAUUCAUCAUCACGAUACAUCGUAAAGACUGUUUUAGUUCUGUUAAGUUUUAUUUAGUCGAGCGGAGGAUAUUAUUUUAGAUUUGCGUUUAUUGUACACCAAUAGAGAGAUCGGGGCGCUGUUCGUCAACAGUGUAGAUCUAUUAAUGAGAACACUUGUAUUUCACUUCAACUCUAUCAUUUUACAACAAACGAUUCAAUCACUUGCUCUCGAUAGCUUUGCAACAACGGUCAUUACAGAUAAGUAAUAAUUAUUUUUAACCCACAUCCCCGACCCAAUCCAUGCAUAUGGCGGCUCAGAUGGUGGAAGCGGUAAGCUCUCGCCCCAAACACCCGGACAAAAAACCCCGGUCGUUGCACAUUUCGUCUUGGCAAGCACACACAUUCAUGUCAAUAUUGUUCGGCGUACAGAUUUUCUCUCCCCAACUCUCCUCCAACGAACAGAGCGAACAGAGGAGAAGCAAACGAUGGGGAGAACUGCAAGAAACCCCAAAUCCAUCAAUCAAGACCGAUCCGUGUGCGCUGCUCUACACUUUCCGUUCUUUCUUCUGCUUCUAACAUCCCUUCCCUCCAAGCAAUGUGGUGGUUUUUUGUAUUAUUAUUAUUAUUACUACUAUUGCGCUAUUUUUAGGCCAGAAGCGCUCAAAUGUGUCCGUCACUGUUUCGGAUUUCAAGUACCGUGCAGUUUUUGGCGUGGCCGGACGUUCUGGGACUAAUUCCUUCACGGCUCGUAAUGUUGCCUCCAAUGGAAGCACAUCAAAGUGUGUGUACGUGUGUGUGUGUGUGUGUUGUAAAAACCAGCCGAGCUCGAAGAAUGAACCCGAUUGAGCAGCGAUCGGCGAAUGCAGUGGUCGGCAAUGCAUUGCACGUGUGCAAGGUGUGGUUUUCAAUUGCAUGGUUUUGAAUUUUUAUUGACUAAGGUCAUGUGAAAACAUGCGUACUUAAUUGAUUGUACAGUGGAUUGUUGUUGUAUGGCAGAUAAAAAUGCAUAAUCAAAAACAGCUGCCCUGGCUCACCGUCUGGAGUAACGGAUGCGUUUCUCCAUUCCCUAUGAUAAUGGUUUAUUGCUUUUACCUAAAUAAACCAUUUUUGCCUCCUUUUUUGUGUGUAGCAAUUACACAGUAAAUGCUGCGCAAACGCUUCACAACAUCAUCGCACCUGGAGAAAAGUGUGUGAUAGAGAGAGUUGAAAAUGAAGAUAUAUAGGAUGCAAGUGCAUGUUGCACCAACCAAUGGUGAAAUUUUCAAUUUUUCUAAACGAAAUCAUAAUUAGUUCGUGUUUAGUAAACCAAAACAAAAACAAUUAAAUUUGAUUUUCUUAUUAUCUAUGAAGAAAAAGUGACACGGGUUCAUCGUUCAACAGUUUAUCGCCACAUAGCACAGCAUAGCAUUAGCAUAGCAUAGCCUGUUAAUUAGUAGUUGGAAUGUGUUGCAUUUUUUUGAUUGCAUAAUGCCGUGCUUUCCGUUGACAUGUUUCGCGUUCGUUAAAGGGGAAAAUAAUAGCAAAGAUGCAAAAUUGUCAGUUAGUUUAGUUAGUGUACGUUCAAUGUUCAUACUUUGUGCCCUUCGCGCCGUGUGGGCCCUUUUCUUUCCGUUCUCUCUGUUUCUGUCGCUCAUUUGUUUGGCCUUGCGGCACACCCCCCUCCUUCUUUUCACUGUCUUCUAGUCAACUUAUCCUCCUUAUCCAAGUUCGUUGUCUCUCGUAUGCCGGGCCGUACGGAUUUUGUUGCGUUUGCGUAAGUGCGAGAUACUCGCUUUAGCGGAAGAGGGAACAGUUACCAUUAGAGAUAUAAAUUUGUUCGUUCGCCAUUCUAUCAAACUUUCUAUAUACAUAUAUAUACUUUGUAAAAUGCGGUAGUUGUGUAACUGAACUCAUUUUGUACUGUAGUUUCCAUCUUUUUUGUUGUUUUUUGGUACAAUUUCUUUGUUAAUGUUACAUAUGUAUGCAGUUUUUGUUCAAUUUGCUACAACUUUUCCUACUACUAGCAGCGAUCAAUAUCAGUAGUAGUAGUAGUUGUGUUUCGGUUUAAAUCUAGCCGUUUCGUUCUGUUCCGUAAUUAGAUGUUUCAAUUCAAACCUUUACGGUAUGCAGGGGGCAGAAUAAACAAAAAAAACGCCAUACAACAUUCCUCGCAUGCCAAAGCUCUUUUCCAUUGCUAAAUGUUGCUAUUACGAACAAGCCGUAACGUGUAACGUUUUUCUUCCUUCAAGCCAAAACGAAAUCGUAGCGGUAGCAUUUUGAUCAACCAUUAAUUGGGAAAUAUGUCUUUUUAUUUCCAAAUAAUAUUGCUAUCGAGCAAGUCUGUUUCGGUCUCUACUGUACAAAAUGUCGCCCUUCAAUGUCUUUUCCUUUCCUUUCCACGGAUGAAUAGAAAGCACACACAUUUGCACGGGGUUUAAUAUUCAAUAUCAAUAGUGAGUAGUUGAGCAUUGUGUCAGAAAGGAUGACUGAUCUGCCAUCGCAAAAGCAGCCGUUGUUAUAUUAGGAAAGUAGGAACUUUUAUCACGAUUUGCUUUGCUUCUAAAUACCUUUUGUGACAAUACUCAUCAUCUCCACCGGUUUGUAGUGAGACUCGAUUUCGGUAAUUCCUUGUAGGUUUGUUUUUAAAGUAAAGUAAAGUAAACAGACCACCUCUUCCUGUGAAACUAUUGCAAAACCUAAUGAUUACACAAAUAGUGGCAAACCUUUGGUAAUAAAUGCAUGUGAGCAUUAUUCACAGAAAGAGUAAAACGUACUUAAAAGGCAUGUAUAAAUAAAACCACAUAAAUCUUACAUAAAGAAACAAAACAACAAACAUAUCGUAUUUGAGCGCGGGGGCGAUGGUAUAGAAGACUAAAACUAAAACUCAAAAUAGGAGCUAUUAUCGUCUACAACGGACCGGAGAGCAAGUACAUUCGAACGAGAAUUAAAGCAAAUGUAAUGGCACAUCACACACUCGAGCGGUAGUCAUACUUUGUAAGCUAAAUAAGGUAACCAAAAGUUCUUCCAUACAAAACACUAGAAAAAUGCAUAUAUUUAUACUAUCGAGAGAUGCCGCAGAUCAGCAAGUAAUAGGGUUUGAAUACUAAAGGAACGAACGGAACAAACAGUACCAAAACAAGGAAAGGAGAAGACAACCACAAAAAGGUGCACACAGCGCAAUUACUUUGCAGCCCACAUCCCACAAAUGUAUAAACGUACACACACUUCAAACGAGCUGCAAACAAAUUUAUAUCUCUAUAAGUGAAAACUAUUCCGAGAGUGAGAUAAAUCGAGCUAAUAAUUAGAUGGAAAAUCCAACCCACAAAUCCAAAACCCCAGUGAGAGACGAACUGAUGAAGCAGGAUAAACACAAAAGAUUAGAAGCAAAAUGGUCGGGAAUUAUUUUCCUACUUGAGAGCAAGACAGAAUGACAGCUCUUGAGCGAUGCUUCAUCAUAUUCAAAAGCACCUGCUGCUUUAGUAGAGCCGCCAAUUGGUUGGGAAGCGGAUUUUAUUUUCAAAGUCCGGUUUCCGCCUGGUUUCGCAUUGAACUCACUCAUGGUACAAACAUACUAAUGAGCGCACUAACGCAUUAGAAGCGGCGGAGGAGCAGUGUGGUUUUGAAGCCUUCCUUCUAACAGCAACAGAAAGCUUCCUUCCUACCUCAGAAAGCAUUAGCAGAGGUGUAAGAGCCCGACAGAUAUGUUUGUUUUUGUUUUCUUCAAUACAACAUUGGCUAUAGGUCAAAGGGGAGGAAUUUAAAUGUAUCUCCUCUUUAACACGCUAAGCACUAAUGGGCGGGUAUGAGAUCAAUCUAAAGAAACACACACACACACAAACCCGUAAAACCCCAAAAGGCUAGUGACGUAAUGCGAGAUUAUCGAUUCGGUAGUUUUAUGAUUUUCGGGCUGGCAAUAGAGAAAACUGUUGAAAUGAUGAACUCAACGUGGACCAAAUGGCAAAACUGACGAAGAAGAAAGCAAGACAAGAGAUCUUUACGAGCCAUUCCGCUCAAAAAAGCGAUGGCUCCGAGUCGGAAACUUUCCACCAACUACGCAUAUGAGCAAAGGUUCGUGACGGAACAGGUGUGUGUAUGUGUGUGUACACAUUGUAAAAUUGUUGUUUGCGGGCAUUAAGCCAAAAAGAGACAAAGUAUCACAUCACAUAAACAAAUGUGUAUGAGUGCGGAUUUGUGUAAAAAGCGGGUGAGAGAACCUGUGUACCUACUCAAAAGAUUACUUAAAACUGCAUAUAUAACAAAAAAAAAGAAAAUGAAAAGAAAACACACUAAAUUAUCCCAUCGAAUUUUGAAUCUUAGGUUUUGAGCCAUUUUAACACGAUCGUGCUGUGUAUGUUAUUUAGCCUGUAAAAUGUAAGAGUACACGCUUGCAGAGGUGUUGGGUGGUUUACGUGUUUCGAGUGUAACCAAAACACAACAAAAGAAUUGAAGGAAACAGUUUUCAGAGUGACAGUUUCUAAUCUGAUACUGUUUCUAAUCUGUUUGUUGUACAGUGGAUGGGCCCAAACUUGCUGGUGUGGAACACAAGUUGUAAAGGCAAGCGAUAACAAGAUUCAAGAGUAGGCGCGCGCACAUGCAAGCCAGCAUUAGCGAGGCUGGGACUGGGAGAAGACCCGUCUUUUACAGCGCUGACGGGCUAUGCGCUUAAUGAUUUGGAAGGAGAGAGAGAGGAAGAGAGAGAGAACAUUGCAACCAUUGCAAUCAGACCAAUAAUUGUUGGCUUUUUAUAUUCACUUCGCUUUGAAAAUCCCCCGUUUGGAAAUGGAGGCGCCUAUGCCCUGGUGGAACACACCUCACGCUAGCGCGAUGAGUGCAAAAACACGAUCAGCUUGAGCCCGAUACCCCUUGAACGCGAUCUUUCUUGGACAAACAGAGCUAAUCGGCACAAAAAAAAAACCCAAACCAACGUGUGUGCGUGCUGGACCACCCGUUCUGCUGGGGGGAUGGGCGGCUUUCUUCACCUGUCGUUGUGGAUAGUUCCGCCCGACACUCACCCACAAGUUUACCUUGAUACUUAUUAGAAUACGAGAGAGACUCAUGGAUAGCAAGAUUUAAGCAAGUUAAGAAAGAAUAAAAGACAACAAGACGCUUUCAAACCAUACAUAUAUGACUAUAUAUAUAGAUAUACACACACACACAAACAAACACGCGCGCGCGUACAAAAAAUACACACACACACACAUACAUUAGUAUUUAUAUUUUUAGGAAUUUAUACUUAGGAUCUGUGAAUUUUAUGGGAACUACACUCUAAAUCUAAAUUUAAAUGUGUCGUGCGCGAAAGGACACCCGAAGGUGCUCAACCGUUGGGGCGCGCGGCGUCUGUAAGGCAAAUGUAUUCAUAAAAGCAAUCAAUCGAUGGAACAGUAGUGGUGGUGUGGUGUCGUCGCAGUACGUCGUAUCUUGAAAGCUCUAUACUUAAUGGUUAGGAUACUUAAACAUUUUGUCGACCCGCUUGAGGACCUUGUCUAAAAAGGGCGUUGUGUUCUGCAUGGGAGCUCGUGUCUCGGUCGUGUGUUAAGAAAUAUACAAAAGCAAUAUAUCAUAUACGCUACACACUACUACACCACACGGUUUGUGUAUCUCAGAAGAAGAA